GUACAUAAAUAUUGCUCGUACGGGUCCUUUAGCCGUAUUAAUCUUUCUGACUACGAAUUCGUUUCAUGCGACAGAUGCCGUUUAGACAGAAACCAGUUUUUCAGCCUGCUUACUUUUAGCGAUUUUCUCGAAAAACUAUGCCGAAUUUUUUACAACGCCGUUAGGCCGGUUGUUAUACACGUGCAACACCUCGAAACCCUUUCUGAAUUAUGUAUCAUGUUCAAGGUGGAGAUGAUCGAAGAACGUUGCGUAGUCGACGGUGACGGUAGUCCGCGCGCGUACCCAGGUUUAUGCGCUGUUCUGUUUGAGUUGCUUGGUGAUGUCACCGAACGCUUAAUAUAUCGCACUGAACAGUUCUCUGAAAAGCACAUCGCCGGUUAUAACCCGGCGCUUGCCCAUCGUUGCAUGAAUAUCUGCACCGCUUCUACGCUGAUGAUCAAAUGUGGACAUUUAGGUAAAAUCUCAGCAGCAGAUCUUCAUGGUUUGUGGUAUCCAACGGUUCAGCGAACAGUGAUGUGUUUGGCAAAGCUCUACCGCUGCCUCGAAGUACCUCUCUUUGUGCAUCAGUGUUUCAAGGAAUACUGGAACAGAUGCUCGGGACUUGACGCUUUAAACAGCCACCUGUUUGUCAUCAAGCAUUUGCUGAUACUGCGGGAGCAGACUGCUUCGUUCAGGGCGGACACUUUUCAGGAAUCACAUGAGGCUAAUUACUGGAAUUGUCGUGGUUUGGCGCUGCCUUUAUUCAGUGUAAGUGAUUCACAUGAGGGCAUUCCCACUUUAGUCAAAAUAUUCGCACCUAUGAGUAUCGGCAAUUCCGUUUUCAGUUACCCUGUUAUGCUACUUUCAUUGACUUUAAAGUAG